AUGACUUACGCUCUGUCCGAAGCCCACAAGGCUCAAAUGCACGAUGGCCUCAAGGAGUCCGACCCUGAGAUCUCCGCGCUCAUGGAGCUCGAGAUUCAGCGUCAGCGUGAGUCAGUCGUCCUGAUCGCUUCGGAGAACUUCACCUCCUCCGCUGUCUUCCAGGCCCUUGGUACCCCCAUGUCCAACAAGUACUCUGAGGGUUACCCUGGUGCUCGUUACUACGGUGGCAACCAGCACAUUGAUGCCAUUGAGAUCACCUGCCAGAACCGUGCUCUGAAGGCCUUCAACCUGGACCCCGCCAAGUGGGGUGUCAACGUCCAGUGCCUGUCUGGCUCCCCUGCCAACCUGCAGGUCUACCAGGCUCUGAUGCGCCCUCACGACCGUCUCAUGGGUCUUGACCUCCCCCCAUGGUGGUCACUUACCGCUACCCGCAAGAUCUCUGCUGUCUCUACCUACUUCGAGACCUUCCCCUACCGUGUCAACCUUGAGACUGGUAUCAUCGAUUAUGACCAGCUCGAGACCAACGCCGAAAUGUACCGCCCCAAGUGCCUGGUCGCCGGUACCUCCGCCUACUGCCGUCUGAUUGACUACAAGCGUAUGCGCCAGAUCGCUGACAAGGUCGGCGCCUACCUGAUUGUCGAUAUGGCCCACAUCUCGGGUCUUAUUGCUGCCGGUGUCAUCCCCUCUCCCUUCGAGUACGCUGAUGUUGUCACCACCACCACCCACAAGUCCCUCCGUGGUCCCCGUGGUGCCAUGAUCUUCUUCCGCAAGGGUGUCCGCAGCACUGACAAGGCCGGCAAGGAGGUCCUGUACGACCUUGAGAACCCCAUCAACUUCUCCGUCUUCCCUGGUCACCAGGGUGGUCCUCACAACCACACCAUCACUGCUCUGGCCGUUGCCCUUAAGCAGGUUGACACUCCUGAGUUCAAGCAGUACCAGGAGCAGGUCAUCAAGAACGCCAAGGCCAUCGAGAACGAGUUCAAGGCCCUUGGCCACAAGCUCGUCUCUGAUGGCACUGACAGCCACAUGGUUCUCCUGGACCUGCGCUCCAAGGCCCUCGACGGUGCCCGUGUUGAGGCUGUCCUCGAGCAGAUCAACAUUGCUUGCAACAAGAACUCCAUCCCCGGCGACAAGUCUGCCCUGACCCCCUGCGGUAUCCGUAUUGGUGCCCCCGCCAUGACCACCCGUGGUAUGGGCGAGGAGGACUUCAAGCGCAUUGCCGAUUACAUCAACCAGACCAUCGACCUGUGCAAGAAGAUCCAGAGUGAGCUGCCCAAGGAGGCCAACAAGCUCAAGGACUUCAAGGCCAAGGUCGCCUCCGAUACUGUCCCUGAGAUCCUGGCUCUCCGCAAGGAGAUUGCCGCCUGGGCCAGCACCUUCCCUCUGCCCAUCUAA